AUGAAACUCAAAAGGUUUCUUAUCCAAAUGUAGUAGCACACUUCAAGAUAUCGUUUUUUCUUAUCAGUAGGAUUCGAACCUGAAACCUUGAAAUUUAGUUUAGAAAUAUGGUAGCACCGAUAACUGAAAAUGGAAUCCGUAGCAGAAAGAAGUCAUCAAGAGGACACCACAGGUUUGUAGGAGUUCGUCAAAGGCCGUCGGGGAGAUGGGUGGCCGAGAUCAAGGACUCUUUACAGAAAGUUAGGCUUUGGCUCGGAACAUUCGACACGGCUGAAGAAGCCGCUCGUGCUUAUGAUACAGCUGCUAGAGCUUUGAGAGGUGCUAAUGCUAGAACCAACUUUGAGUUGCCAGAAUCUGCAACAAGUGGAGGUGAUGCUAAGCGAGGUUCGGGUUCGGGUUCUAAGUUCGUGCUAGAGAAUACUGAGCCUUUUUCUUUCGAAGAUGUGAGUGAUUCAGGCUCAGGUUCUGAUGGUCUUCUUGGUGCACUCAAGGCAAAGCUUUGUGAUGGAAAAGAAGGGAAAUUUUCAUUUUCUAUUCCUUCUGUUAGUAUGGUUUCAAAAUCAACACAAAACAGUUCUUGGAAGAAAGAAUCAUCAUUACCACCAUCAUCAUCAGCUACAUAUUGUCUCUCUCAGAUGAAUGAAACUCAUGCUAACCCUAACACUAUACCUAGUUCAUUGAGUACUUCAUCAAACACUUUUGCUAAGAGUUUGAUUAUCCCAAAUCAUGAUCAAGAAUUAUGUCAAACUCAAACACCAUCUAUGACAAACAUGUUAUGGUCCAAUGAAAUGGAAAACCAAUAUCCUUGGCCUAUUCAGAUGAAUCAUGUUCUUCAUGACAAUAGUACUAGUACUGAUCUUCUUGCAUCUGGAAGUGUGUCGAAUUUUCCGUGGCCACUAAUAGAUUCCAAUAUUGACAUGACAUGUAUAGAUCAAGGGAUGUUAAAUGGUAACAGAAGUGAUCAAAUGAAUAUGAUGAACAUGCAGUUACCUCAAGUUGGUGGAUCAAAUAGUGAAGGGUUUUGGACAAUGGAUCAGCAGCAACAACAGUUUGUGCAAUGUGAGGAGAAUAAUAGUUGGUUUGGUUCCGGUGGAUCUUGGAAUCCUUUUAUCUAUGUGCCUUCUGAGCUAGCUUGAUUAGGUUAAUAUUAUAUCUAUGGAAGAAAUCUAGAAAUCAUUUGUUUUACCUUGAUUUUAUAGAACAGUCUCUUAGUAUAAGUAGAAUGUUGUGUUUGUUUCUUACCUUAGAACUUGUAACAAAAAAUUUCAGCAUUUUAAUAUGUAAAGCAAUAUUGUUUUGUUUAUCUAUAAUAAAUCACUAAUAUGGUGAAGAAUGGUACUCAU